UUUGUAUUGGCCGUUGCACGGGAAGAAAAAUGGCCGACAAGCAGUAUGAUGUCUCUGAGGCGACGAAGAGAUCCGUUGAAGCGUACGCAAAGAGAAGAGCAAUAUUGCGCGAGGAAUAUAUUAAGCAGAUUACAAAUCCUCAUAGGCAUGGGACAGGAGAAGGAGGCACAUUGUUUGACUCUGGGAUACAGAGAUUUAUGUCCAUGAGGGCAACAGAAUAUGAGCAUUUCAAGCCAACUCCAAAAACUUCAAUGUAUGGUCUGGGCAUAAUUGUGAUUCCCAUUGUGGCAUAUGCCUAUCUGUUGAAGACUACUAGAGAUGCUCAGGAACACAAGUAUCGAACCGGUCAAGUUGCCUACAAGGACAGACGUUUCAAGUUUAUCUAAGUGUGUUCUCAGAUUGUAGAAGAGGUAUACAAAGAGAUACUUGAGUAAGAAAAUGUGUUGUUGUUGCUGUACCAUAAUAGUGAAUGUAUCAUACAAAUAAAUUCAUAUACAUUUC